CCGGGCCGCGGGAGUUGGCGCGAAGGCGGGGGGCGGGAGGCAUGGAGUCGCAGGCGUCCCGCUAGCGAGAUAAACAGCCGCCGGCAGCAUGGAUAUCCGGAGAUUCUUUGGCGUUGUACCUCCUGGAAAGCGACAGGAAUGUGAGGCUGGGAAAAAGACUGAAAAAAUUAAAAAUGGUGAAGGGCCAUCAAGUGGAAAGAAAAGGGAAAAGGAGACUAAGGUGAAUAAUUCACCCAGUGAAGAUGAUAUCAAGCCAAGGAGGCCAAGCAAGAAAAAAAGAAUAAUCUACGAUUCAGAUUCAGAAGAGGAGGUGCAGUCAGUGAAAAAAUCCAAGAAGCCAUCUGAGAAAAACGCAGCUACUUCAAAACCUGGUAGAGUUCUAAAGCGGGAUCCUGUUGUCUACAUUUCAGAGACAGAUGAGGAAGAUGAAGAUGACUUUGUCAAUAAAAGAGUUUCCCUGAAGCCAAAGGAGAAUGGGACAUCAGCAAUUGGUUGCCCAGGAACAACAGGGAAAAAGGAAAAUGUAAAAUCCCAAGCUAAAAUCAAACCAUUAUCUCCAGUGAAACAAACUCCCACCUCAGCACUUGAGUACUUUGGGACAAGUAGCAUCCAACGAUCAGAGAAAAAGCUGGUAGCAAGUAAAAGGAAAGAACCUUCACAAAGCAGAGACAGCACACAGGAUGAUGAGGCCAUUGCUAGGCAACUGCAGCUUGAAGAAGAUUCUGAGCUGGAGAGACAGCUACAUGAAGAUGAAGAAUUUGCUAAAACAUUGGCCAUGUUGGAUGAAACACCACAGAAGAAAAAGGCUCGGAGAGAUUCAGGAGGAGAACAAGCUGUAUUGAGCAUCAAGAGCAGUCCUAAUGCAACAGAGACACAAAAGCAGUCGGAAAGAGUGAAAGCAACAAACUCGACAGCUGAAGCAAAGAAUCGCUCUGCAAAGCAGCAAACGAAAUCUGAAUAUUCAAAAAGCUCUCGGGUAUCCCCACAAGCAUCUGAUAGCAAAACAGCAAGAGAGUCAACAGAUAAGAGCUUAUCUUUGAAACCCAGCUCUAAGCUCGUGUCUCUGAAACAAAAAGAAGAGCUUGCCGAAAAAGAAAGAGGUGCUCAAAGUGCAGUAUGCAAAGGAAAAUCUGCUGUGGGGAAAGAAGAGAAGAUAACGCCAAAGAAGGAGAAAAUUUCUCCCAAGAAGGCUGAGUCUGUAAGUCCUGAGGACUCUGAAAAGAAGCGAAACAAUUAUCAAGCCUACCGAAGCUUCCUUAAUCGGGAAGGUCCAAAAGCUCUGGGUUCCAAAGAGAUACCUCAGGGAGCUGAAAACUGCUUGGAAGGCCUGACAUUUGUGAUCACAGGCGUGCUGGAGUGUAUUGAGAGAGAUGAGGCCAAGUCUCUGAUCGAACGUUAUGGAGGGAAGGUGACUGGCAACGUCAGCAAGAAGACAAACUAUCUGGUUAUGGGGAGAGACUGUGGCCAGUCCAAGUGUGAAAAGGCAUCAGCUUUAGGGACCAAAGUUAUUGAUGAGGAUGGCCUGUUUGAUCUUAUUCGAUCUAUGCCAGGCAAGAAGUCCAAAUAUGAACUGGCAGCUGAAACAGAGGCAAAGAAAGCAGAGCCAAGACCUAAAAGGACACCACAGAAAGCUGAGCAUGGAAAAAAGAAUUCUAGCCCCUUCAAAAAAGAAUCUGACAACAAAAAAAUUAAGUCUACUCCUGAAAAAGGAGAUACUGUCAUAUUUACCAAGAAGGAAAGCACCGCUGUCCGGAAGCUUAUGGACUUCAAGCGGCAGACUGCAGAAGAGAACGAAGGCCCAAAGCCCAAGGGGAGCUUGGUUUCUGAGCUCAAUGAAAGUGGAGCAGAGAAACUGCUUUGGGUAGACAAAUACAAGCCUGCAUCUCUGAAGGCAGUAAUUGGACAGCAGGGUGAGCAAAGCUGUGCCAAUAAAUUGCUCCGAUGGCUCAGAAACUGGCACAGGAACACCUCGGACGAUGGACAAGGUGACCAGCGCGCAAAGACCAAUAAAACGGGAGGCAAAGAUGACGGUAGUGGCUUUAAAGCAGCAUUACUUUCUGGUCCACCUGGAGUUGGGAAAACUACCACAGCUUCUUUGGUUUGUAAGGAACUGGGGUACAGCUACGUGGAGCUGAACGCCAGCGACACUCGCAGUAAGAACAGUCUGAAGGAAGUAGUUGCAGAGUCGCUGAACAACACCAGCAUCAAGGACUUCUGCUCUGGCACAUCCUCAUCAGUUAGCGGGAAACAUGUAUUGCUCAUGGAUGAAGUGGAUGGUAUGGCAGGCAAUGAAGACAGAGGAGGGAUUCAGGAGCUGAUUGGUUUGAUCAGGCACACAAAGAUACCCAUCAUCUGCAUGUGCAAUGACCGCAACCAUCCCAAAAUCCGCUCCUUGGUCCACUACUGUUUUGAUCUUCGUUUUCAGAGGCCUCGUCUGGAACAGAUCAAGGGUGCCAUGAUGUCUAUUGCAUUUAAGGAAGGCUUAAAAAUCCCACCACCUGCUAUGCAAGAGAUAAUCCUGGCAGCAAAUCAGGACAUCAGACAGGUUUUACAUAACCUCAACAUGUGGUGUGCAAAAGAUAAAUCCCUGACCUAUGAUGAGGCUAAAAUGGAUGCCAGCAGGGCCAAAAAGGAUGUCAAACUGGGCCCUUUCGAUGUUGUGAGGAAGGUUUUUGCUGGCGGGGAGGAGGCGUCGCGCAUGUCUCUCAUAGACAAAUCAGAUCUCUUCUUCCAUGACUAUUCCCUGGCACCUCUCUUUGUCCAAGAGAACUACGUGCACGUGAAACCAGCUGCUGCUGGAGGGAAUCUGAAAAAGCACUUGGUGCUCUUGAGUAGAGCAGCUGAUAGUAUAUGUGAUGGUGAUAUAGUGGACAAACAGAUUCGUAGCAAGCAAAACUGGAACCUUCUUCCAACACAGGCUAUUUAUGCAAGUGUUCUCCCAGGGGAGCUGAUGAGAGGUUCCAUGUCCCAGUUUCCUGUCUUCCCCAGCUGGCUUGGGAAGUUCUCAUCCACAGGCAAACAUGACCGCAUCAUUCAAGACCUGGCGAUGCACAUGAGUCUCAGAACCCAGAUGUGCAAGAGGACAGUGAAUAUGGAGUAUCUGUCCUACCUGCGGGACGCGCUCGUCCGGCCCUUGAAAGACUUGGGAGCAGAUGGUGUCCAAGAGGCUAUAACCUUCAUGGACUCCUACUGCCUGACGAAAGAAGACAUUGAAAAUAUCAUGGAAAUAAGCAUGUGGGGAGGCAAACCCAGUCCCUUCUCAAAGCUGGAUCCCAAGGUCAAGGCAGCUUUUACACGUGCCUAUAACAGAGAGGCACAUCUGACUCCCUACUCACUCAGUUCCAUCAAGACAUCUAAAAGGCAGUCAGGAUCUGUGCUGACCUUGGAGCCCAACGAGGACUUGAAUGUGGAAGAGAUCCAGUCUGAUGAGGAUGAGCAAGAUACUGUUGAAAGUGAUGCAAUGAUUAAGCAAAAAAAGGUGAAGUCUUCCAAGAUACCCAAAGGAGAGAAAAAUGAAGAAACAACAAAAAAAGAGGGGAAAAGAAAAGAGAAGACAAGACAUUAAGUGGAAUAAAGUCUUGCUCCGGAUGCAGCUUUGCUUAUCUUCCUUCUGGCAGGAAUAUGGGACAGAGGCAGUGCAGGAGUUGGGACAGCUCCUCUGGCAGAGGUAAGGUCAGGGGGCCAGGCUGUACCUGCUCUCCAGGGGCAGCAGCAUUGCAGGCUCUGACUGUCCCCGUGCACCACGUGGCAGGCAGGGGCAGGAGCUGCCUGGGUAUUCACCCCUUCCACUCAGCCUUCCCCGGACUUCACUGUUUUUUAUAAAUCCCUUGACAUUGUGGAGAGCUCUUGUAAAUAGGAUGUGAUGCAGAAAACCCCAAACCUAAAUUGCAUAUUUGUACAUUGUAGAAACUAACGUGGUGUAUAAAAUGAUAAUAAAACGUUUCACAGGAGUCUUUUAAA